AUGAGUGAAAACGCCCCGUCGAAGCACCUCAAGCAGGAGAUGCGUGUCCCAGGUAACGUCUCAGCUGCCAGCGGCAAAACACGCAAGAGUACCGGCAAGGUGAAUAUCCGCGCUCCAAAGGCUGACCGCAAAAUGUCCACGGCCAACAGUGACUGGAUGAAGAUGGAAGUUGACGACGACGAAAUCAUUGCUCGAGGCUCAAAGGACCAUACAGGUGCCGCACAGCGUCUGCGCAAUGAUAGUCUCCCGAAUCCAACGUUGCCUGUCACGUCCAGCCAGCGCAAGAUGUCUCCGAAGGGCAAGCGACCUCUUGGCGCCACCAAAACUACACCACCUCCUUCCCAAUCAUCAACCAAGAAGCCGCGACUGAAUUCGAAGCACAUUGGAAAGACGGCGAGCCAAGACAUUUGUCUGUCCCAGCAAUGGUCGGCUCCUCCGAAUGCGUUCUCAGGUUACGCACUUCCUACACGGGACCCUCAGUCUCUCGCGCCCGAGACUCAUCAAUCCCAGGAAGUGAACCAUCAGAUCCAGCUGCAUUCCCAGGAGACACCGGAGCAGAAACUCGAUCACAACCCGUCACCUCAUACCCAAGCAGUCAGUAACCCCUUCCAGCCGGAUUUUCCUCCGGCCGAGCUUGGCAACCGUUGGGUUUGGAAUGUGACCAAGGCCACGGAACUAAUCCGACAGCCUGAUGAGUAUCUUGGCAUCACGUACCCCGACGAUCUUUUCGAGUCGGUCCUCGCUGGCGAGCGCGAUGCCGCCUUGAACGUCUUCCAGACCGCUCUGGACCGCAAGGGAGGCGAACGAGCUUGGCACGGGUACCCAAUCUACAUUAUCAAGCUCGAGAAGAACACCGACUCCCCGUUCCGAGAGAUCCGCGAGACCACUUUUGAUCUCAACAAGGCCAAUACAUACGCGCUUCUUUACUUCAGACGCUGGGUGGCAAAGCGAUUUCCCGCUCUCGCAGCAAAGCCUCACGACCAGGAACAUCUAGCGGGCAAGCCGGAAGUUGACCGACAGCACUGGUGCCGCCACGCCUGGGUCCGGCAUGAGUGGUCCAUUCGCGACAAGGGACGACUGGGCUGGUUCCUGAACCAGGAUGGUGGCGUUGUUCUCAGCGCCCAUCUGCCAGGCACGGACUUCCAGUUCACGGUCCGAGUUGAAGCUCAUCGAAUCUUGCAGUGA